ACCGCUUCCGUCAGCCUGACACAUCGUCCAGGAUUAAGAGGUUUGUGGUGGGAUAGAUCAACAUGUGUGUAGAAAAAUCCACCAGGACGCCAUUCCUCGAUCUGGCCAAGAGCUGCUGUAAAUGACUUCCUCUCUCGGACUUCAGAACUUGGGUGCCACGGCAAUCGAAGAAGACAUGAUCGGCGCGGACUUUGACCUCGAGUUUGCUAGUGACCUGGCUGGACUGUACGAUCUCGACGAAGCUUUGGUGGUCAGGACGACUCUGAAUCAACAGCAUCACCCAGUGAUUCCCAGGACAUAUACAAACACCCCGAAGUCAACGCACUCUACUUCGGUCCUGCCGUCCAACGAGGAGAAUGAGAUGGAGGAGGGCUUCCAAGCUGCUCUCGAGUUCCUUAACGAGUCCGAGUUCUUGGCGGACAAUAGGCCUACCGCUGCGUCACCUAUCGAGAACUAUGACGCCUCCAGCACGUCAGCUUCGGACCCUGAAGACACUCAUACUCAUAAUGCAGAGGACACUGCCAAGACGAAAUCCAAGAGAAGACAGCGCAUAUCAGCCAAACAACAGAUUGUUAGCCUACGUGGGACAGUUGAAGAGCUCACGUCGAAGCUACAAUCGCUCGAGUCGGGAGCUCUGAAAGCAAAGGCCAAACAGGAGUCUGAUCAGAAUAGUGGAACGCCAGGAAGAGGACCACUAUGGCAGCAGAUUGCGGCGCGACAACUUGAGCGUCGGCAGGAAGCUGAAAGGGAUAACGAGAAGUUACGGGCAAUGCUGGAGUUGCAGGUCCAAGAGGCUAAGAAUCUUAAGCGUCUUCUUAAACGACGCACCAGGAUCGAGAUGAUGGAGGAAAUGCUCGGUGUAAAGCGAUACAAGACAGUUACUAACGAUUCAAGUGAUGAAUGCGUCGACAUCUUACAGAAAAUGCUCCAAAGUACCGAUGGAAUUUACGUUGGUGCUGACCAUGUCUUCGAAACGAAAGGCAUGGAUCACGUGGAAUCCCCUGGAAAGACACGGACAACUAACCGCCACGCUAUCAACGACGUCUUCUUGGAGAUUCUGGAGAAGCAGUUGGUCCCAUUUGGUCGAAAGAUGACGGAAAAGGCGGUAUGGUCGGCACUGGGACAAAUUGGAGUUCAGCCUCUGCAAUGCGUCAAAGAUGUCAACGCAAAAGUUGACUUUUACGCCCAAAACUCGCAGAAGACGGAUGAUACCAUGAUGGUCAGUUAUGUUGCGGCAAUGUCUGGCUUACAGAGCUCAGACGUGCUUACGUUUCGCAUGCGGAAAGUGAUGCGGAAAUAUUUCGAUGGGAAUCGGACAGUAUUCAUUUGUCUGAUGGAGUCUCAGCCUCUGCAUUGUGGCCAGCCAAAAGGAAUUAAACUACAUUGUACUAUUCGCGUGAUGGUGGAGAAAGACGUCGAAGAGGAUACUACUUUGAUCAAAAGCCACUACAGUGUGUCUCGCCAUACGCCACAGAACGAGGUCGGGAAUGUAGAUAUGGCGAUUGCUGUCUGGGAUGAGAAUUUCUCUCGCGUCUCUGGUGAAGUCGAGAGCUUUUUGCUGGAUGAAACCACAUUGCGCGAGACAAAUCUCAGCAGGCAGUAGAAUGAACAUAAAUAUAUCUACCCACGAGAGCAUUAUCAGUAUUUUACCAUUCCAACAUGUACAAAUCUGGAGUCGGAGUACUCUCGUAUUGCCGAAUCCUAGUCGUUUGAAUUCCAGCGUGACUGACAUGUUAAGACACCACACUUCAUAUUACCAAUGUUAAAUAUUAUGAAUCUAGUUGCAUGAUGCCCAC